GCUGGCCGCGGUGGGGGGGCGCCCCCUUGGCAGCCGGCGUCCGCGCCCCCGGCCCCCCAUGCCAACCCCUCCAACCCUUUCUAUGAGGCGCUGUCCACGCCCAGCGUGCUGCCGGUCAUCAGCGCCCGCAGCCCCUCAGUGAGCAGCGAGUACUACAUCCGUCUCGAGGAGCAUGGCUCCCCACCUGAGCCCCUCUUCCCCAAUGACUGGGACCCCCUGGACCCAGGAGUGCCUGCCCCCCAGGCCUCCCAGGCGCCAUCCGAGGUCCCCCAACUGGUGUCCGAGACCUGGGCUUCCCCCCUCUUCCCUGCAGCUCGUCCCUUCCCAGCCCAGUCCUCGGCAUCAGGCAGCUUCCUCCUGAGCGGCUGGGACCCCGAGGGCCGAGGUGCCGGGGAGACCCUGGCGGGAGACCCUGCCGAGGUGCUGGGGGAGCGGGGUACCGCCCCGUGGGCAGAAGAGGAGGAGGAGGAGGAGGAGGGCAGCUCCCCGGGGGAGGACAGCAGCAGCCUUGGGGGUGGCCCCAGCCGCCGGGGCCCCCUGCCCUGUCCCCUGUGCAGCCGAGAGGGGGCCUGCUCCUGCCUGCCCCUGGAGCGGGGGGAAGCCGUUGCUGGCUGGGGGGGCCACCCUGCUCUUGGCUGCCCCCAUCCCCCAGAGGACGACUCGUCCCUGCGGGCAGAGCGGGGCUCUCUAGCCGACCUGCCCCUGGCCCCCCCCGCCUCGGCCCCCCCCGAGUUUCUGGACCCCCUUAUGGGGGCGGCGGCGCCCCAGUACCCCGGGCGGGGGCCACCUCCC